GAGUGGCCGAGUGGAGAGGUUCUCAGUAUGAAAAAAUUAAGAUGAUCAAAGACAAAAUAUCAUUCCGCGUACACCAUUUCAAUCUCGUACGCAUCCCACACUAAAUCAACUCCCGCUUUCACCGGUUCGCCGCAAUGCCCGACAUGGACCUGGAGAAUGACGUGCUCAUGCACUCCGACAAAGAUAGCGACGAGGAGGAAUUGGAACGUUUGGUUUUCGGUGAUAGCGAAGGCUUCAGGGACCGCUUGAAGUCCGUAGGCCAAUCGACCCAGGAGCUGCUUCGAGUCGGCGAGGAAGAUGAAAACGACGAGUUUCGAGGUCUGGAUGACGAUGCGCUAUUCUUCGUCGACGAGGGACCGGGUGUACCCGCGCAGUCCGAUGCUCAGGCAAUCCAACAUCAGACGUCGACCCCCUACCUAGACGGUCGACAGGCUGCCUGGGAGGAUAGUGAUGACGAACGUAUCACGGUGUCGCUCUCAUCGGUGCCUAGGUUACGAAAGCUGCGUGUGACGGAGGGAGAAGAUUUGGUGACAGGCAAGGAAUAUGUUCGCCGCUUGAGGAUACAGUACGAGCGAUUGCAUCCUCGUCCGGCGUGGGCGGACGUCGGUAAGCAAAAUGGGACGUCAAGGAAACGAACAGCAGGCGACAGCGACGACGAGGAUGAUGGGGAGUCGAGCGAUGACGAUCUUCCUUCGUCAAGGCCUCUCGCACAGCUUUUGAAGGAUGCCAGUCUUUUCUCAGCGUCGGACGCGUCGCACCCACGGAAGAAGCGCAAGCUCCGCCCGGAGGUCAUUGACAUUCAGCGUAUCAAAGGCGUCACCGGCACCCAGCACUCGGCCAUCACCUCUCUUCAUUUCCACCCGAACCUCUCCCUUCUCCUCUCGUCUGGCCCCGCCAGCACACUCUACCUCCACCAUAUCAAUGGCGACCCCACCGACCCCGCGACUCCUCAUCCGCUCCUCACCUCGUUGCACAUGCGGCGGACUCCACUCACGACCACUCUCUUCUCCCCCGCCCCGUCCGACCCACGCAUCUUCCUCUCCGCGCGGCGAAAAUACUUCCACACCUGGGACCUCUCCACCGGGCACGUCUCCAAAAUCUCCCGCAUCUACGCCCACCAGCACGAGCAGCGUAGCAUGGAGCACAUGUCCCUGUCUCCGGACGGGCGAUAUCUGGCGCUCCGUGGCACGGCGAAGAAAGGCGGGGGCGUGGUCAACGUGCUGAGCGCGGACACCAUGCAGUGGCAUUCGCAGGUCCGCGUGACGAGCGAACAGGGCGUCGCGGACUUUGCGUGGUGGACGGACGCGAAAGGCAUGACCGUUGCCGGCAAGAAUGGCGAGGUGAGCGAGUGGAGCCUAGCGGAAGGACGGGUGAUUGCACGGUGGGCGGACGAAGGCGCGGUCGGAACCAGUGUCAUCUCGCUGGGUGGGCGAAGUGGACAUGAAGGUUGGCUCGGUGGGGAUCGGUGGGUCGUGAUCGGAAGCUCGACGGGAAUCGUCAACGUUUAUGAUCGCGGAGCAUGGAGAGAUGAAGCGAAUGAGACCGAUAUGGACGACAACGCAGGAGUCCCCUCCCGGCCGAAGCCAACCAAGGUCCUCGAUCAUCUGACGACUCCGAUCUCUCAUUUGCGAUUCUCGCCGGAUGGUCAGUUGCUGGUCAUGGCCAGUCGAUGGAAGAAGGAUGCAUUGCGUCUGGUGCAUCUUCCAAGCUGUACAGUGUACAGGAACUGGCCGACGGCAGAUACGCCGCUUGGGCGUGUGUCGGCGGUGGCGCUGGGCGAAAAGGGGGUGAAUGGCGAGUUGGUCCUCGCUGUUGCCAAUGAGCAGGGAAAGAUCAAUAUGUGGGAGAUAAAAGCGUGAGAGUUUUCGAUAUAAUAGCUAAGCUGGCCUGGAACCACAACUAGUUUGAUCAAUAUCCCUAAGAAUAGAGCAGAGUGUCUCUGGUCUUUGUCAUUGAUUUCCAACGCCUACGCUAGUAUGCAACUCCUAGAAUGCGGAUAAUGAGUGGUAUCGUGCAAAAAUAAAGUCAUAAAAGGCAG